UCAGAGCCGGGGGCGGGCGCGCUCGCACGGCGUGGACGUCGCUCUCGUCCGGCCGCGUCCCCGCGCGCACCUGCCCCGCGCGGCUCCAGGUGUCCCGUCCCCGUGGCUCUCACCUGCCGGGGCCGCAGGGCCGCGGCGAAGACGUCCGGAGAGUCCGGAGCGGGCGGAGAUGGACUCAGUGGUCUUUGAGGACGUGGCUGUGAACUUCACCCCGGAGGAGUGGGCUUUGCUGGAUGCUGCUCAGAGGAAGCUCUACAGAGAUGUGAUGCUGGAGACCUGCAGGAACCUGGCCUCAGUGGAUUGUUGCACUGAAGUUAAAAGAAGUGGAUCAUUUUCUCAGUGGGACUUUUUGGAGAAUGAAAUAUCCAGUGAAGAGAAAAUAGUAACAUUCACAGGAAAUGAUUCCUGGUCUGUUUUUGGAGAAAGCUGGACAUUUCAUAACAUUGGAGAUCAGCACCAAACCCAGGAGAGAUGUGUGAGAAGUCGUUUCGUGGAGGGUCUCUGUGAAAGGAAUGAAGGUGAUCACUGUGGAGAAAUUCUGGACCAGAUUACAAACCUUCCUGUGCAUGACUGUUAUCUGACUGGAGUUAAACCCAGUGAAUGCACGAAGUGUGGAAAAUCCUUCACGGAUUGUUCUUUCCUUAGGAAUCAGCAAAGAUCUCACACUGGAGACAAACAUUAUCCAUGUGAGGAAUGUGGGCAGCCCUGCAGUUGUGUCUCGUGCCUGAGUACUCACAUGGAAACAUACUUUGUAGAGAAACCAUAUAUAUGUCAGGAUACUGGGAGAGCAUCUAAGAGAAAUGUGAGGAGUCUGGGUCGUAAAAAGUCUUUUGAGUGUAAGAAAUGUAGACAAGCUUUCACUUGCCCCUCAUCCUUUCAGGAACAUGUGAGACUUCACUCUAGACAGAAAAUCCAUGUAUGUAAGGUAUGUGGGAAAUCCUUUAUGUAUGAGUCCUACCUUACACGGCACAUGAGAACACACACUGGAGAGAAACCCUAUGAAUGUCAGGAGUGUGGGAAAGCCUUCAGUUAUCCUGCAUCCCUGCAAGGACACAUGAGGAUGCACACUGGAGAGAAACCUUACGUGUGUAAGGAAUGUGGGAAAGCCUUCGGUUGUGCCAAAUACUUUACUGUACACGUGAAAACACACAUUGGAGUGAAACCCUAUGAAUGUACAGAGUGUGGGAAAGCCUACAGUUGUUCCUCAUCCCUCCGAGAACAUAUGAGAAUGCACAGUGAAGAGAAACCCUAUGAAUGUAAGGAGUGUGGGAAAGCCUUCAGGCAUCCUCGAUACUUUCAAAGACACGUGAGAAUGCACAGCGGAGUGAAACGUUAUGAGUGUAAGGAAUGUGGGAAAGCCUACAGUUGUUCCUCAUCCCUUCGAGAACAUGCGAGAACACACACUGGGGAGAGACCCUUUGAGUGUCAGCACUGUGGGAAAGCCUUCACUCGUCACUCCUCCCUUCGGGGACAUGUGAGAACGCACACUGGAGAGAGAGCAUAUGAAUGUUCACACUGUGGGAAAGCCUUCCGUUGGCCCUCAUCCUUACAGAAACAUGUGAGAACACACAAUGAAGAGAAACCCUAUACGUGUCAGCAAUGUGGAAAAGCCUUUUGGUAUCCCGCCAACCUGCGAGCACACAUGAGAACACACACUCGGGGGAAGCCCUAUGAAUGUCAGUUCUGUGGCAAGACCUUCAGGCAUCCCGCAAAUCUGCGAGUACAUGUGACAACACACACUGGGGGAAAACCAUGAAUGUAAAGAUUAUGGGAGAGCUUUCAUUCUCCCUUAAAACCUUGUAAAUGCAAGCAAACACACUCGUAUGAACGGAAAUAUUGGGAAACCUUCAGGUAUAUCACCUCACUCAUUCUGUACUUGAAAACUCAGGGCAGGACAGAAAUCUUUUAAUUGUUAUAUAUAUGGUUUUCCCUUUGUAAGUGUGUCAUCCUGUGUAGGGAUCCCCAUUGUAUUAAUUUCUAGUUCACGUUGCUGAUAUGAACACUGAAUAAUAUCCUAUGACCCCCUCAUCUGUACUACAUAUAUUUUGUUGUCUCAGAUUUUAAAUAUGUGUACAUUUACGUAAAACUUGUCUCAUUUCCAUUACAAUGUCUUUGGGACCCAAGGGUGCUAAGUGGUUGUUUUUUUUUUUCAUGUGCAACUUGAUACAAUUUUAGACAAAAGUAUAUGAUCAUGAUAUGAGACCUGUAUUGCUGAAAUGUAUUUUCUGGUCCACUCCUGCACAUACCAGAAUUUUCUGGCUCCAUAUCUCCCUUCUUUUUCAGUCUUUAUUAUUGAAAUGUGUAUCUUCCACAUUGUUUAUUGCUAGUAGAUACCACAUCUGUGUUCCUCACAGAAGUUAGCAAUUGUGGAAAGAUCUUGAAAGAGGACAGUCCUUUCUGAUUAUGUUCAUAAUUUGACCUCUGCUCAUUGUCCUUGAUCUUGGAAAUGGACAUGAUGCAUUGAGUUCAGGAGAGCUGUGGCCUGAAGAUGAGAGCUGAUGUCCAGAUGCUUCUACUGAAUUGUGUUGUCAGCUUGGGUGAGAGGGGAAACCAUGUAUCCCGGAGUCCUUCUGUUUGUGGUUCUGAGGUAAAGUUCAGGAGCAGAGGAAGGUGCAUGAGGUUUGGAAAGGAGAAGUGAGGAAGCCAUGACUCUCAGAUCUUCUGUCCUGUCAGGAGACAGGUGCAUGGGAACCUGGUGGGCCUGCAUCACAGCGCACUCUUCUGACUUCUGGCUCUGCCUGUCUGGAACAGCCCCCAUCCAAAGUCCAUGUUUGACGUGAGUUCCCUCUCAGGCAGCAGAUUCCACAGACUCUCCCACGAGCUACCCCAUUGUGGACCCUCUUUGGUUUUCAGGUUGACACAGUUCGGUGCAUUUUCCUGCAGCUCUUUGGUGUCCCUCAGACCACUUCAGGCUGUCAUGGUGAUCUUCUCAUCCUGGGCCUGCUUCAUCUCCAAGUCUCCUAAUGACUGGUCUCUAAAUGAUAAGACCAGUAUGUUUAAUUAGUUUCUAAAUUUAUAUGUGAUUACCCAGUGUUCAGUUCUUUCUUUAUGUUAUUCAAAAUAAUGUACGCUUUUUUUGUCAAAUACAGUUCUCUAGAUUGUUUCUUAGAAAGCACACAUUACCUAUUUUUUCAAAUCUGUUGUAUACUUACAAGUGUUAUGUUUGAUGUUUCAUUAACUGAUAGGAUAUGUUAAAAUAUUCCAUUCUAGAGAAUUAACUUAUUCUUGUAAUUGUGUCAGUUUUUCUGUAUAUGUUUUGGGGUAAUAGUACCAACAACAUAUACCUUUUCA